CUAUUACUGACCAAAGUCUGGAUGAAGCACAAGCAAAGAAACAUGGACUGAACUGCCAUCGCAUGAAACCUGCCCUUUUCAGUGUUCUCUGUGAGAUCAAGGAGAAAACGGAUCAUGUUUGUACCUACGACUUGAAGAGAUCGCACGGAGACCGACCCGCGAGCGAGUGCUCUUGAUUGAUGGACCAUUCUCAAAUGAUCCGAAAACGUUCAUACGCGUUUUCUUUUUCACGUAGGCUAAAUCAACUAAACACUAAAACAAAACAAGUCACAGUGUGGAAUUUAAGAUUUGUUCAAAGGGAGGAUAUAAGAUACUUCAUCUUGAAUCCCAAAAGAAUGGCAAGUCGCCUAUUCAACACAUUGUCAUUUAACAUCGACAAUAAGGCUACUUCAGUGUGCAAUAUAGGCUAGCAUAUUUCAGAUUUGGGGAGUCGGUGACAGCCGCUUGCUUGUUCCAGAAUUGGUUAUCAAGUUCUCUUUCAUCUGUUGUCCCAAAGUAGAUAACUGUCCUUAGAAAUCUUCACCAAAGCCUUGGCUAGUGUCAAAGGUGUUAGGCUACUGCACAAAACUGGAUUUUCCACAACAUCCGCAUUGACAAGCAAAAACACAAUUAAAACACUCAAUGGCAAACACCUGUUUUCUUGAGUGUCUAGGGACGAACUUUCAAACAGGAGAAGAGCAAGGAUAGGGGAGAAGAUGGCCAUAUCCAGGUUGGGUGCAAAGUUGGCCAUUUGGUAAUAAUCAUCAUGUGAGCUGAUACGUGCCGGGUCGUAACAGACCAAAUCUGGAGACAAAGAUGGAUCGCUAAAGGCUGGCUUUUAAAUAAUAUGGGUGGACAUAGUUAUCGUCUAUAGUGCUGCUACGGGUGAUGUCACUUCUAGUUGGAAGUUCUUCUGUCGUUUGGCGUGAUCUUUUGGACUUCACAUUGCUGCCCGCAUCCCAGCACCGCUGGCAAUCUACUGCUCCCCGGAUUCUCUCCUGUUACGAGGGGCGGCCCUGCACGCAUAUGGUCCCAAAGGACGGCCUCAGUAUCCGUGGCGCCCAGGAGGAGGACCUGCCGGACCCCCAGCUGAUGCGGCUGGACAACAUGCUGCUGGCGGAGGGCGUGUCUGGCCCUGAGAAAGGGGGCGGGGCCUCUGCGGCCGCCACUGCAGCCGCCGCCGCCGGGGUCGCCGCGGAGAACUCCAUCGAGCACUCGGACUACCGCGCCAAGCUCGCCCAGAUCCGCCAGAUCUACCACACCGAGCUGGAGAAGUACGAGCAGGCCUGUAACGAGUUCACCACGCACGUGAUGAACCUGCUGAGGGAGCAGUCUCGAACCCGGCCCAUCUCGCCCAAGGAGAUCGAGCGCAUGGUGGGCAUCAUCCACCGCAAGUUCAGCUCCAUCCAGAUGCAGCUCAAGCAGAGCACCUGCGAGGCCGUCAUGAUCCUGCGCUCACGCUUCCUCGACGCCAGGCGAAAAAGGCGAAACUUCAGCAAGCAGGCAACAGAAGUUUUGAAUGAGUAUUUCUACUCCCACCUGUCUAACCCCUACCCCAGUGAGGAAGCCAAAGAGGAGCUGGCCAAGAAGUGCAGCAUCACCAUGUCCCAGGGGGCGAGAACCACCUUCACUGUGUCACAGGUGUCUAACUGGUUUGGUAACAAGAGGAUCCGGUACAAGAAGAACAUCGGAAAGUUCCAGGAGGAAGCCAACCUCUACGCCGCCAAAACAGCAGUGACUGCUGCUCAUGCAGUGGCUGCAGCAGUACAGAACAGCCAGACCAACUCCCCUGCCACACCCAAUUCCGGGUUCCAGAUGAAGGAUGAGGACUUUCAGUUGGACUCCACAGACAGCAAAAGCAACCUCUUAUCCAGCAUGUUCACAGGUGCGUACCCCACAGCAUGCUUUCAGCCGGAUGGCAGGAUACAGUGACAGCCUGCAGGGGGCGCUAUUCUGUGUGGUCCACACAACUCAAAUGCUAGCAGGGGUGUGGCAUGGCACAACCAAUCAGACGCUGCAGAAGGAGGCGGGAGCACCAAUACCUCAGAACUUCUUCUUCCCUGUGGCAUUCUCUCCCCAAGCAGUAGGGCACUGACUAGCAUUUACUGACCAAUCAGGGAGGCCACAUCUUUAGCAUAGUAUCCCCUUCUGACUCUGGAACCUUGACCCUGUCCUAUAGAGCUUAUCCACCCCUGUGGACCCUGCUGUUUCUGGAACUUUCCGUGGAGGGACCUCAUUCUGCCUCCGUUGCCGCUUUCUCCUGAACCCUGCAUAUUUUUUCAGAAAGGCACUUUUUUUAUACAUGUACCUAAAUGGAUAUAAAGGUGUGCAUCUUUAUAUUGGUAUAUGAAACUGUCGGGACUGGCUCUGGUUUUCAUUUUGAAGGUGUCAUUCGUGUAGAUUAUUCGAUGAAAAUCUGUGACAAAGAGAAAUAUCCAUAGCAAAGGCCCUGGCCCCGAAACACUUGUCCUUCCAUUGGGUUAACGCUCUGUCGUGUCGACCUUUUUUGACAAAAAAUCUUCACAUUCUCUGGUUAUAAAAUAACUGUAUGGUCCUACUCACCUUGUUCUAUGGGUCAGGGGCCCGCAACACUGGUCCUGAAGAGCUGAGAGGUCUGCUGGUUUAUGUUUUAUUAAGUUUUUAUUUAACUGAUUAAUUAAAGCAGCUGAUUACAUAAUUUUGACCCAGCUCAUUUCCUUUCUUGGGCUUUAAUUGGUUUCUGAUUUUAAAGUGACAACAAAAUCCAGCAGAUCAUGUGGCUCUCUGGCACAUUGACUUGGGAUCCAUUCUUUAAACGAUAUGUUACAUACCGUUACUGUUAUUUCACACCUGGUUUGAUUGCUACAUAUGUACUGGGAAUGGCUAGUUUAUUUACCGAAGUGGUUUUAAGAGUUGUUAUUUUAGCUAGCACCUGCUUUUCGGAAAAUAUCAGUGCACAAGGACAGCUUCCUGAUACUCUGUGAUAGUUUGUGCAUUUAGAGCACUACAAUAUUACUAUUACUGGCAGCUUUGAUAAACAUGUAUCAAAUGACUUUUUUUAUAUAUGCCUUGUAGUCACUGGUUUGCAGUAUAUCAGACUCACUUAGGUCCUUGAGAAAUCCUUCUGAAUUCAGCUUGACUUGACUCCGCACAUUACAUGAAAUAAUCUUUUUCAUGUUAUGUUUCAGUUUCAGUUAUAUUACUGUCAAAAGAUAAAAAUAGUAAUAAAUAUUAGUAAAAAGAAGUAAUGAUUUUACUUUGUCCUCUUGUUGACUGAAGACACAGAUCUCACUUGGCUCUUGUAUGAAAUGCAGCUUAAGAGUAAAUAUCCCCCCAAUCAAAACACCCCUUUAUUACCUCAUGCAGUAAUAUUAUAAACCAAUAGAAUUUCAACAUGACCUAUAUCCUGGAGUGCUCACUUUUUCUAGCUACCUCUAAACAAUAUCACUACCCUUAUUUUUUUUGUAUCAGUUAAAUUUUUUUUUUUUCUUUAGCUUUAUUUUUUGGCAUCUUAUAAGCUGUUUUGUGUAUACUUUCAUAUAAUCUAAUGUAUAUUUGAAUCCUUUUUCAUAAGAAUUAUUGCGAUUUUUAAAUGAAAAACAAGACCGCGGUGAAAAGGGAGGGCUGUAUUUGCCGUAGGUACAGAGGAAAGAGAGGAAGAUAUUGGUCAUAAAACACCAAACAGUAAAAACUGUUGUAAAUAUCAAUGAAUGUUUGCCCAACUUGUAACUAAUCCAUAGAAAUCUGUUAAUGGAGAGAGAUGCAUCGUCAGUUUCAGCGUUUGGAACUGUAUAUUUCAGGCCCUGUCUGACAGGGAGAGAGAUCUCUUGCUUCUUUUUUGUAUUGUAUGCAAUUCUCAAAUUUAUUAAGUCCUAAGAAGAUGGUUUGUGAAAGUGAUUCUAAUGUAUUAAAAACUGUUUUUAAGUUUGUUUCUAAGCGGACUACACCCUGGACUGAGAAGUCUUCCUUGUGGUACAGUAGCUAUGUGCAGUUUCCAACAUGAAUAAAUAAUGUUUUUUUUUU